AUUAUUAUUAUUAUUAUUAUUAUUAUUAUUAUUAUUAUAUUAAUUUAUUUAGACCAAUUCGAACGAUAACUUGUACUCUAUUCUUGGAAAAGUUGAAUACAAAUGUCUGAUCAAGACUCAAAGAUACAAGAACUUAUAUCUCGUAUUGAACAGAAUGAACGUGUCCGGGAUACUGCUAAACAUAUGCGACCAUUGCUAACCGACCGGAAUGCUCUUUCCCAAUGUGAUACUGAAAUUAAGAAGGCUCAAAUGUACAUUGACUAUUUUACAGAAGAACUUCAUAAACUUCAACAUCGUUCGGGAAGAUCUUCGGCUGAUGACCCACUCAAUACAAACAACCGUUCAAGCUCCUCUUCCUUGUCUCCUUCUGCUACCAAUACGGAUAAAAAUAAUUUACCUGUCAAGAAAAGAUAUAGUACUCUUGACUUGUUAACGACAAACACACCUUACAACAAACCCAAAGUAUCUCUCAAACUUCAUGAAUUGGAAUACAAACUCGACGUGGAAAAGAAAGUGUUGGAAGGUAUCAAAACAAUGGCUGAUGCUUUGGAUCGUCUUGGAACUCAAAAUGAUAGAAAACAACGAGAUGAAAUUAAAAAUCAAAUGUAUGAAAGUAUUGAAAAACUUGGACUUUUGAAUCGGGCAUUACGUAAAUAUAAGGGACUAUAUAUUGGUGAAGGAGAAGAUGAAGAAGAAGAUUAUGAAUUGGAAACACCUCCAUCUGCUCGAUUACCACCAGGAUUCCGUAGACCAGUGACAGGCAAAUUACAAUUAGAAAUUUUAGAAGCAAGGGAAUUAGCUCACGCUCCUACAAGAAUGAUUCGAUCUCCUGAAACUACAGUAUAUAUCAAGAUUGAUGGUAAUAUCGUAUUUCGCUCAAAAUCAUCAAAGAACGAUAAUCGAUGGAAUGAUCUUUGUGAAAUACAUGUCAACAAGGCGUCUGAAGUAGAAGUAGCUAUUUAUGAUCAUUCUGGAGAACGUAGUUUACCCAUUGGAAUGUUUUGGUUACGUAUUACUGAUAUAGCUGAAGGUCUUCGAAAACGUAAGAUUCAACAAGAUAAUGGACAAGGUUGGGCUCCUGCUGGUGAUGCUGGACGACAACGAAAGCAAGAUAUGGAUGAUCAAUCUCAUCAACAACAACAAGAACGACCUCUUCCCCCUUUACCUACUUCAGCACAAGUGACAGAAGAUGGCAAUGGAAUCCAGGCUUGGUUUGAUGUUGAACCUGUUGGUGAAAUGUGUCUGCGACUAAAUUUCGUGCGUGAAGCUGCAAAUCGUCGACCUUUGGAUAAACUUGGCCGUGCAGGUGCUGUUCGUCAAAGACCUGAGGCUAUUCAUGAAAUGAAUGGUCAUCAAUUUGCCGAAAAGAAAUUCUACAAUGUCAUGAAAUGUGCUCUUUGUGGUGACUUUUUGGUGAAUUCUGGAUACCAAUGUGAAGAUUGUGACUAUACUUGCCACAAAAAGUGCUAUACAAAGGUGGUUACAAAAUGUAUUUCCAAAUCGGAAAAGGAUGUGGAUGAAGAUAAACUCAAUCAUAAGAUUCCUCAUCGCUUUGAACCUAUUACAAAUAUUGGUGCCAAUUGGUGUUGUCAUUGUGGCUAUAUGCUUUCAUUGGGUUCCAGAAGUGCAAAGAAAUGUUCAGAAUGUGGCAUUACUUGCCAUAUCAAGUGUGCUCAUCUCGUCCCCGACUUUUGUGGUCUAUCGAUGGAAAUGGCAAAUCAAAUGCUCGCAGAAAUCAAAGCAGCAAGACGCAAGACAGGUGACGGAUCAAGUUCAUCAUUGCAACCACCCUCUCUCAGACCUAGCCAAAGUUCUAAAACGACAGAAGAUACCAAAGUCGACGAAAAAGCAACGACCGAUUUGUCCAAACGAUUAUCCCAUGUAAACCUCGGUGCUAUUCCUUCAACCUCACCUGUACCUUCACCUUCCAAUAGCACAAGUAAUAUCGAUCCUUAUGCUCCUAUACCCAAUAAAAAUCGUCUAUCUAACACUAUGCAAGUACCAAAUGGUGCAAUUGCCCCCAGUAUUUCUGGUCAUACGCCCACAACUGCGACAAAAACAGUAUCACGACAAGUUACCUUGGAUGAUUUUAGCUUUUUAGCUGUACUUGGCAAAGGCAACUUUGGCAAGGUGAUUCUUCGAUCUGAAAAACGUAUCUUCCAAGCUGCUAACCGUGAACGACAUCCCUUCUUGAUUGGUCUUCAUUCUUGUUUCCAAACUGAAUCUCGUGUAUAUUUUGUCAUGGAAUACGUUAGCGGUGGGGAUUUGAUGUGGCAUAUUCAGCGAGAACCUUUCUCUGAACGACGAGCAAAAUUCUAUGCUUGUGAAGUGAUGUUGGCUUUAGAAUAUUUCCAUAGUUUAGGAAUCAUCUAUCGAGAUUUGAAAUUGGACAAUAUUAUGCUUGGAUUAGAUGGACACAUCAAGGUGGCUGAUUAUGGGCUCUGCAAGGAAAAUAUGUUCUAUGGGAAUAACACUGGUACGUUUUGUGGUACUCCUGAUUUUAUGGCACCUGAAAUCUUAUUGGAACAACGAUAUGGUCGUGCUGUAGAUUGGUGGGCAUUUGGUGUCUUAAUUUAUGAAAUGUUACUUGGUCAGUCUCCUUUCCGUGGUGAAGAUGAAGAUGAAAUCUUUGAUGCUAUUUUGGAAGAUGAUAUUCUUUAUCCUAUCAAUAUGUCCAGGGACUCUGUUUCUAUCUGUCAAAGGUUACUGACUCGUGAUCCAAAUCAUCGACUUGGAGCAGGACCGGAUGAUGCUGCAGAAAUUCGGGCCCAUCCUUUUUUCUUUGGUGUAAAUUGGGACGAUAUGCUUGCAAAACGUGUACCACCACCUUUCUAUCCUACAGUAGCUGGACGCUUAGAUACUUCCAACUUUGAUGAACAAUUUACCGCAGAACGACCAGCUUUGACACCCAUUCCUGGUGGUAUGGCACGAGCCGAGCAACAAGAAUUUUUACAAUUCUCCUAUGUAGCGGAUUGGGCAUAUGGUGAACAUUAGUUUUUAUUUAUUUAUUCGUUUCGUCUUUUUUGUUACGUUUUAACCUGCAGUUUUUGAUGAUUAUUAUUAUUUUGUGUAUAUCUUGAAAAUAAAGUUUUACUUCUUGACUAUUUAGUUGUCAUGACUACUACGAUGGAUGAUGGGUUUAUUAAAAGCGCAGUCGUGAUCACAAAAGAGGUGCAAAGAAUUUUUUAGUUGUCGUGCGCAGUUUUUUUUUUUUAUAAAUGUUGUCGCUCUACUAACUCUAUUUUUUUUUUUUUUUUUU